GUUAACAGUUUAUGUGAAUAAUAUUUGUAUUAUUUAUAUGACAUUUAUGACUUCGGCGCCUGAUAAUUUAUGGAAUCAAUUGCAUUCUUUAAAAGGCCUUAGGGCAAUUUUGUCUCUAGCCGUACAUUAUUAUGAUUUAAAAUUAUUUAUGUGGUCCAUGUUGAAUGUUUCGACAUUGUCGUAUAGAUUGGGAAGAUUAUUGAAACUUGGAAUGUCAUUACUACCUUGCGCCGAUCUAAAACUGGAAAGAAGUUUGCUGAACGUUUCUUUGCAAAUGACCGCGUUUCCUUUAGAAAUUGACUUGGUGGGUUUGUAUGUGGUUAAAAAACCCAUGAUUUUUGCACUUUUUGGUUCAGCUAUAGCUAAAGCAAUUGUCUUAAUGCAAUAUGAUUUUAAAUAAAAAUAAUUAAGUAAAUGAAUUUAAUUAAACUGUAAUGAAUUUGAAAAGUAA